UGUUGUAAUAAAAGUCAAAAUAAUAGGUGACGAUUGUUGUAAAAAUGGAUGAAUAAACGUGUUUAAGUGGUGUGGGAGGAGUGAACAUCACGAUAAUUUGCCACCUUUGCUGUGACAUUUCUCCCACUCGGAGGAGCCGAUGUGAGCAUGCGCACUGCAUCGCCUCUAUGGGGACUGGGAGGACAUCACGGAAAAAAAAACGUAACGGCGGCACCACCACAGACCCCUACGCCGAGAUUGCGUCUCUCCGCUGCGCCGAGCCCGCGCCACCAUAGCGGCCCACGACUAUGCCCGGUGCGGCGAACACCGGGACGACCACUUGACAGGCCUACGGCGAGGUCCGCGCCGCUGCCGGGAGGGGGGGAAAUACAUUUGUUCGUAUGGGAGCAGCAUGCGGGAAAUGGUCGGAGGUUGCUGCGUGUGUUCCGACGAGCGAGGCUGGGCAGAGAAUCCGCUGGUUUACUGCGACGGACACGGCUGCAACGUCGCCGUUCAUCAAGCAUGCUACGGCAUCGUCCAGGUGCCCACCGGCCCGUGGUUCUGUCGAAAGUGUGAGUCGCAGGAGAGGGCGGCACGAGUGAGGUGUGAGCUGUGCCCCCACAAAGAUGGUGCGCUAAAGAGGACGGACAGUGGAGGUUGGGCUCACGUUGUGUGUGCGCUCUACAUCCCUGAGGUGCAGUUCGCCAACGUCCUCACCAUGGAGCCCAUCAUCCUGCAGUACGUCCCACAUGAGCGAUACAUCAAGACAUGUUACAUCUGUGAGGACCACGGCCGAGAGAGCAAGGCGGCAUGCGGCGCGUGCAUGGCCUGCAACAGACAGGGCUGCAGACAGGCUUUCCAUGUCACCUGUGCUCAGAUGGCAGGUCUGCUGUGUGAGGAGGAAGGCCCAGAAGCUGACAAUGUCAAAUAUUGUGGCUACUGCAAGCAUCACUACAACAAAAUGCAAAAGAAACUGCGCUCCAGUGAAAAUACGAGCAGCGCCUUCGGUCAUUCCAGGGGGCGCUCAACUUCUCCAACACAGGACAAACACCACCACCACCGGCAGAGGAAGAGUCAUAAGGACAAGCUUCGUCAGAAGGAGCGGCACAAGAAGACGUCAGACAGCUUGGCGCCUUCCGUCAUGCCGAGCAGUAUCGACAUGAUCUCUUCCAGCCAUCACAGCUCAAAAGACGGCGAGGGAAAGUCCAAGAAUCCGAGCACACACGGUCACAGUCAUCGCAGCAAGAAAACAGGAAGUAGUGGCAAGAGCUGCUCCUCCUCUUCCUCUUCCUCCAGUCCAUUCAACCCAGGUGGAUCCCUGUCUUCAGCGCAAGACUUUCAUCAGUUCUCCUCGUCUCGUCUGGAGCGUGAUCAUAGCAGCGAGGACCGCAAAGUGCGUCACAGGAGGCCGGCAGUCCGGGAGGACGACGAGGCGGACGAAAAGGAAGAAGAGAAAGAUGAGGAUGAGAAGGAGGAAGAGGAUCGUAAAUAUCAUAAGCCGCCGGCACUGACUCCGGCUGAAGGCGCGCCGUUGGCGUCACAGGGUCAUGAUCACUCUGACAGAAACUCGAGCCCUUUCGAGAACAAGGUGACAAUUUCCACGUUUGGGUCCAUCAUGCGCAUCACCUCCACCUCUGCUCUGGGGAGCAGCAGUAAGAUCCGCAAGAUCUCCACAGGGGACUACAAGCCCUCCAAGUCUCUGUGCAAGCUCUCUCAGCUGAGCACACCGCCCAUCCCCGAAGAGGCGGACCUCGAGAGCAAAAGCACUCCCCCGCCCCUGCCGCGAGAGAGGCGGCACCGUGGCAACAAGAAGAGUCGCCACGGUCCCGGUCGUCCUCGGGGCAGCAAGAACCAGGAGAGGAGAGAGGAUGCGCAUCACCACCAUCAUCACGACGCCACCCUGCCGCCGCCGCCACCUCCUCCUCCUCCUCCUCCGGUCUACACCACCUCGCUCUACCCGAGCCCGUCAUCCGUUGCACACCCCGCCUUCACUUCCGCACCGCCUACCAUCACUACCGCCCCUUCCUCCUCGUCACUUGCGUCGUCCUCGCCGAGCAGUUUUUCCACGAGUCGUGGCAACUCGUUGCUCGGCUCAGGUAUCUAUUCCAGCCUUAAGAACCCUCUCACGCCGUGCGGAGGCGUCUGCAGCACCUCUGUCCCUCUGGGUGGGGGGGUGUGUAGCACCUCUUUGUCCCUGGGAGGGGGCAUGUGUAGCACUUCUCUGUCAUCGGGCGUCCUUCCGUCCCACGCGCUCGCUCUCUCGUCAGCCGCCGCUGUUCCAAGCCCACAGGCGCAUCCACGUUUCAGCAGCGUGACCGCCACACAACCUUUCACCAGCGGCCUCCCCACGCUGCCGCCGCUACUCAGCCAAGCCCCGGCCUCACUAGCCGAGUCAGACCUUGAUGACUGUCACUUCCCGUGUCAGGGCAGCUCGCCGAGGGAGAGUCUUUCAUCACAGUCUCCUAUGAGCUCCCUCCCCCUCCUGUUCGACCACAGAGACGGCUUAGGUGCGGGGGUUCGAGCGUGUCCCGAGAACGUCCCCCCGGCGAGCUCCCACAUCGAGCUCCUGCUGGAGAAACACGGCAAUGGGGAGAUGGGAGUCAACAUCGUGGAGAUGCUGCAGUCCCUUCACUCGCUGCAGCAAGAGAACCAGCGCCUCCAAGACCAGAUCCUCAGUCUGACCGCCAAGCGGGAGCGGAUGCAGCUGCUCAACACGGAGCUGGCGGUUCCUUUCCCUCAUGCUCAUUCUGUCCAAGGCUCCUUGCACAACGCUCCCCAGAUCAGCUUCCUGUCCUCCAGUCCAGACGCACUGCUCAGCAGUACCAGCGUCCUGUCCAAGAGCUGCUUCCUUCACGACACUUCCUUUGUUACCUCCUCUGAGGACCUCCACUCUGGUAGUCCGUCCCGCAGUAGCUCUUCCCUCUCCUUCCAGAGCACCCCCCCUCCUCAGCAAAGCCCCGCCUCCUUAAGUCAGCCCGUCCCGAACGGACGAGCCGCGGGCGACGUUUCGGGGACGGUCGGUCAGGCUGGCAGCUGCGCUCAGCCUGGCGCGGGCGGGCUGCUGGCAUCGCUGGUUGGAAGCCCUCAGCUGAGCGUGAAUGGAGCGCUAAGCAUUCUAAAUGGGGUGAUACAGUCUGCCGUCCAGGGCACCUCCCAAUCCACGCUCCCUCCUCUGCACCCCCAGCCGCCUCCACUCAACCCCCAGUCGCUGGCACAGAGCUUUCAGCUGGCCAAGAGCGCUGGCCCGUCUUCUCUCCUGUCCGAGCAGCAAAAGCAGCUGAUUCUGGAGCAGCAGCAACAACUCCAGCAGUUCCUCACGUCGCAGAACUUCACUCCGGAGCAGCGGACGGCGCUUUGCCAGAUGCUGCAGCAGCAAAGGCACAGGGAGCUGCAGCGCCUGACACUGGCGGGAGCCCUGACGUCCACACCGAGCUCACCCUCGGUGACGGCCUCCCCCCUGCAGGGCGGCCAAGGAGGAAACCACUUUGGUCUGCAGGAGGGGGCGCUUCAAAAGCCUGCUGCAGGAGAGAAAGGCGGAGACAAGAAUGGGUGAAGUCUCCCGACGCGCCCCCCCACCCCGACAUCAAAGGAGGAACUGAGGUCAUGUGACAUUCAGGACUCGUUUCUUCCAUUUCCCCGCCCCCUUUACGAAUGUACAAGCGGAUGGACUCCAGGGUGAGAUUUUUGCGUGUGUUUCCUCUCUAGUGUUCUUUUUCUGCAGGCAGCUUUCGGAGGGCGUGAAUCCGACGCUCUCCUUCUCGAUUGCACUAAUUUGUUCGCCCCGGCUACCCGCUCGCGUGGCCUCCACUUUUAUUUUGAAGUGGAACCUCCAGCACUGAUCCUUCCCGUAGAGUUUGCGUUCACACGGCGGGGGAUGACCCGUUGCCGCCUCGUAUGUCUUCCUGAACGUCUUCCCUUUGUGUCCUCCCCAGCCACAUUUCCUCCUUGUCUGCCCCCCCCCCCCCCCCCCCCCGUGUGUCGCAUUUCGACGUGAACUAGAAAUUACCUCAACAUUUCCUUUCCUUUCCUACGGCGACGUGUGCUUUCCUUUUUGUGAAAGCGUGUUUUACUACUGGAGGGAAGGAGCCGCCAACAUGGGCGAGUCAAAGCAGUUGCUAUGGAGAUUAAGAGGAUCAAACCAAACAUUUAGAAGUGUGCACUUUGCAUGUUGGCAGCCGACCGAGCUGUUUCGCCGUGAACGCAUAGGAUGCCCCGUGCGCUUUGGAUUUACACAACAAUGAGACUCUUGGUUGUUUGUGUUUCUGUCAUCUCGUCACGUCUCGCUGUUCCUUUAGCAAUACUGGAUGGACAUGCCUUAACGAUGCAGACACAACCUUGAACAUCUUUCACUGUCUAGACUUCCGUCAUGUGCUUUGUUUUCGUGUGUUUUCAAUCCAGGGCACACGGAGACUUGCUGACCAAGCAGUCUUCCUAAAGCCGUCGAUACGUUUGAUAGAUUUCAUCAGCUGUAACGUGUGGAGAACCCGAUAGUGAUACGUGGGAUUUCUUAGUGUUCCGAUGCAAUGUUCUUUAGUCGCACGUGCUCCUGAGAUGGCCAGAAAGCAUGAGGGGAAUGUGUGUCAUUGGUUUUGGGUGGCUUAAAGAGGUCCUAUCCUGCAUCUGUGUACCAAUGUUGCACAGUAGACCCUUUGCACAUUCGCAAUUCAGCAUUCGCCACCGUGCACGUUUUGCACAUUUUUGGUCAACACUUUUUUUCCCGACGAAAAAAAAUGUCCUUCACCGUAAGUGGGUAAUAAUUUAGAAAUAGGUGAUCAUAUACUGUAGGUACCGCACGCAUGCACCUGUACCAAUGUUGGAAAGCCUGCAAUUCUUACAUGCUUAUGUCUUUAUGCUUCACUCAUCACGUUUUCUCCAUCAAGCCUUCAUAUGUCGCACUUGAACGCACCAGUUGAAAAAUUGCAAGAAUUUACAUUUUGCACCGUUGGGGUCUUAAGGGGAUACUUUGGUUUUUUUGACAUGGAGUCGUAUGACCCCCAUCAGUGUAGUGCAUCAACAGCGACUUACCCCCCCCCCGAUUGGUCCCGUUAGUCCGGUUCCAUGACGAGGAACAUAGUUCCGUUUAGUAGCUGAGGCCAUUUAAGUGAAGAGUUUGGCUUCUCCAAACAAGAUGCAAUGUGUUCAGAAGAGCAAAAAUGCCAAAAAAGUUAGUUUCCGUUCUUUAGCGAUGAGCAGUAGAACAUACGGUAGGUACGUUUCAGGAAAAUAUCAGUUUCAGUUUUAAAAAAGAGCGAAAAACAGCUUUUUGCCAAAAGAUUCUUUUUCACUUUGACACAAAUGUCUUUGCUCUUGUGGCAGCUCAAAUCUCUAAACACCACAAAACAACUUAUUUACAAAUGGAACACCAUGACCUGUUUAUCAUUUUCACAUUUGGAACUGAGCUAUAGGUGCGCACGUGCGUGUGCAUGCAUUAAACUGUGUAACUUCCAGCAGGCGGCGUCCUUCCACUUAGUCCUUGCUGUCAUGUGUGUUUUUUCCAUUCAAAUUGUGGCUGAUUUUCAUGGCUUAAAACUGCUCUGAACGUGACAUCCAUUAGUGUGCAGUUGCGCCAUCACCUCUUUUUCACUCUCGUGCAAAAACCCCCCGUAAAAGGCGUAUAAACACGUCUUUGGUACUGGACGAGCUAAGCAUUUUCAAGCGUAAAAAUGGCUAAAUAAACUGAAAUACAAAUACAAGGCGUUGUGAUGCUAUGCAAUGUUCUGCACUGGUCACUAGGUGUCAGUAAUGUUACUGCAAUGUUGGCCACCGGACUCACAACAGGCACAGUAAUCCCGAACAUGGGCUAAUGUCGCGGCCCCACCCCCGGAACACAUUUACAGCAACACACGCGAGCACAAGUCUUGCUUAUGUCGUAUGUGUCGUAUACACUUGUGUCUGCUAUAUUUGGUAUUAGGAGUGUAAAGCUGACUAUAGGGGGGGUGUUUCAUGUCUAGAAGGCUCUCAUAAUGUUAAGAACCCAAUUUAGAAGGUCCUGAACUGUUUUUUUUUGUGCUCCAAGUACAAAAGCAUUUCACGUCGGGGAAAGUCUUUUAUCACGGUGGGGUCUGGAAGCAAUUCACCACAAUAAAGGAGGGGUUACUGUAUUCAUGAAAAGAGACAUACUGUAGUGUCCCGCUGGGUUCCAGUAUCAUUGGAACAUGAGCAGGAUAGGACCCCUUUAAAGGAAACGCUGCCGUGGACCUCCAGUACAGUAUAUUGGAUCUUUGCUUCGCAGGAAGUGAUGGUUCUUUGGCGUUUUCUAUUUUGCGGCGUAGCAAUCUUAUCACCAGGGGUCUGGUUUUUCUCACCUCUCCAGCUUUGAGUAUGGCCUCCCCCUCUGCUAGUAAAUACAGCAGUAGUGACGGGGGGGGGGGGCAACGUUGAGCGUGGUGAAGCAGAUACGAGCCAACAUGACAAACACCCGGGUCCACGAGUGCUGUGUUUUCGGAAUCCACCGGAAGGAGUUUUUCUUUGCCGUGUUGCACUGGGGCGCUGCGGGCCCACUUUGUAAAUCAUUUGCCGGAUUAGGAGUCAAAUGAUUGUUUUUCAACGUGUAGGACACAUGUUCUUCAAAGCUUUGACACAACCAAGAUAGACCAUGUUUACCAAGUGUUAGGACAUUAGAGCACCCGUCUCUCAACGAGGUGCGAUGGAGAGCCAGUUACUCACCGGAAUCAGAGUUGCAUCAGAUGCAGCCAGGUUUCUCAAAUGUAUGGAUGAAUACAACGCUAUCACUAUGCAUGGUUUUAAAUGCGUUAUUCCCCAGAGAGACAAAAAGAAACAUUUUGAAUUCAAUGAGCACUUAAUUUGAAGGAGGUUGUCAAUGUACAGUAUAUUUGCUUGAGAGAAUUGAUCCAACAUGAAUUUGACAAUAUUCAGAUGAAAUCCCUGUAAAGUAUUUUGAUAUUUUUGUGUGUAAAGUUAAAUGGAUGGAUGAAUACAGGUUUUUUUGGUCAAUAAAUGUAUUUUACUGAUUUGUU